GCCUCGGCUGCUUUGGCUUCAGAAUAAGGGCAACUUUUUCAAAGCCAUAGGAAAGGGAGCCUGCUGGGGGCUGGCAUGGCAGUGGGCAUUUAAGGGGAUUCGCAGGAAGAGCUGGAAACGCCGGCCAGAAAAGCCUCGCGCCCUGUAUGGUGCGAAGGGAAGGGAAGGGAAGGGAAGCGUCGUUGCAGCCGGAUUCCUUUGGCGCUGCCCGGCAGACAGACUCGGGGGUGAGGAUGGAAAAAAAGAACAUGGACCAUUACCUGCGCCGCCUGAAGCAGGAGCUGUUAUCUAUGAAGGAGGUUGGGGACGGACUGCAUGAACAGAUGAACUGCAUGAUGGGUGCUCUGCAAGAGCUGAAACUCCUCCAGGUCCAGACGGCGUUGGAGCAGCUGGAGAUUUCAAGCCAGCCAAACCAGGUCUCAGGAAUUGGCCAGCACCAGUGUUGUCAAAGCAAUAGAGAAGUGCCAAGGUUAAGACGUGAAGCCAGCAGGCAGAGUGAGAAACUGCUGGGAAAGAGUUCUUUGGGGAGCUGCAGCUCUUCGGCUUUUCUAUGCUCUGCUCAGGUGCCACAACCCACCAGCCCGCUUUUCCAUGUUACUUCACCACAUAGUACUUCUGGGCACAUGAAUUCAUCCCUUAGUAGCAUCAGCAGUGAAGACUACUAUCGUGCCAGUGGGCCUUCAUCAACAGUGAGCACAGCAGAGUACCACUCACCAAGGACACUUGAAUCAUCCAGUGAGCAUAUGUCUAGAAGCUGGUUUUCUCAUGAUACAAGCAGUUUGUCUGAGAGUAAAUUUGGAUGCCAAGAAUGUCAGUUCUCCGAUGAGACCAGUGACUGGACUUCUUCACUCAUGUCUCAAAGCAGGAACCGACAGCCUCUGGUCUUGGGCGACAACAUCUUUGCUGAUUUGGUUGGGAACUGGUUGGAUUUGCCUGAGAUAGACAAGAAAGGGGAGAAGAAUGAGUCUUUUUCAGGCAGCAAAUCCCAGGAGUUGUGCAGAAAGUUUUCUCUCACAGCCAGUAUAUUCAAGAAGUUCUUAAGGAGUGUCCGACCAGAUCGAGACAGAUUGCUUAAGGAGAAGCCUUGCUGGCUGCCAACAGAAGACAAAGAGGCUGAAAUCUUAAAGAGGCCCAAAAAAGUAAACAAACAAAAGGGAACCUUUUACUUCCCCCUUCAUGGGAACAUAUCAAACACUCACGACAAAGCCGAAAGGUGCCAAAAGAAGGAAACUAGCAAGGCCAAGAACAAACAUUGUUCCAAGAAGGUGCACAACUCGAUAGAGCACAGUCAGUCAGGGUUUGAUUUUAACACAGCUGUAUGGGUCUGAAUUCCAACAUCAUCUCCUUUGCCAAACUAGUCUGUCCAAACCAGAGUGGGAAAGGUAUGAGAAAUAUCUGGCAUACGUGGAUUUGGAUAAGGGGGGAAAAACAGAUAGUCGGUACAAAACACAUCCUCAAAUAUAACUCCCAGGAGAACUAUGCAUAUUUGAAAAAUGAAGUCAGAUUGUGUGCAGAAUCUCUCCAGAGCUGAUACCUGUGAUUAUCUUUUCCUCUUUGAGGGUCAGAGGAGUGUGUUAAUUAGUUGGUUCCUCCAUCCUAUCAUCUCCUAGAGGAUUCUAGUUUGCCACCCAUACAUAUUCAGUUCAUUUCGAAUUCAGGUAGCCAUGGAAUGUUAGGUCUCAAUGUACAUUUGUGUGUGUGUGUGUUUAAUUUUUUCAUGUUAAAUUCUACUUUUCCUUGUGUGCACUACAUCCUGGAUUAUGCACCAGGUAAAUGAAUAAGCACUAGAUGGUUAAAUUGAGUGUGAGGCUUGAAUUUCUCUAACUGGAGAACUUUAAUGGCUGAGUGAAAUUGGCUUGAAGCAGUCAUUGCACUGAGUAUUGAUUGUUCUUUUCUAAAGUAUUAUCUCUGGUUCACCUGCUGUGGUCUGUACUGUCCUUGGGGGUGUCUGAGGAGUGCUGUGUAGUAAGUAGCCAUCCCACUGCUGCCACUGUAAGGUUACCAGAAGUUCUUUACCCCUUACCUUCAAAGCCUUAAACUCAGAUUCCACACUGAGGUCCCAGGUUGCAAUAAACCCUUUCCUAGUUUUGAUGUUUCUUUUCAUAUUUCUUGUGUAUAGAUUUAAUCUUGUGAUAA